UCGAACAACUCAGAUGGAUUCCAUAGCGAGACAUGGUAUGAAGAUGAUGAUCUUCAUGGCCUCUUUGGUCUGGAUGAAAUGUUCAGCAGCACCAAUGCAGUGCCACUUCAACUCUCAAGCUCUCUGUGAGUAUGAUGGGAAGCAGUACUCUCUGGGAGAGAGCUGGAUGGAACAGGGCUGUGUGCAGUGCACCUGUCUGCACCCCGUGGGAGUGGGAUGCUGCGAAACUGUGCAUCGACCUGUGGACUUUCCUCCCUGGUGUGAAGUUCGAGUUGAAUCUCUCACCUGCCAAGUCACACUGGUGAUGACCUCUGAUCCCCGCCUGCCCUGCAUUCCCGGAGAAGAGAACAAUGUUGAUCCAAUACAUGGAGCACUCAACAUGAAACUAGAUUAGCAUGGAGGAAUACUAUAAACCACAAUUCACCUGCCUGUCAGAUAACAUCUGUCUCACUGUUAAGUGAGAUGCAAUAUUACUUCUGUAGCACUUGUAUUCUCAAACAUAACUAUUGCCAUUUAAGUUCUCAAAUUAAAGGAAGAUAAGAUGUGGAUUGACAUAUAUAGCAUGUAGGGGAAGAAAGCAUUCUUUUGAGUUAUAUGUUUGAACAAUGUACUGGGGAGACAGAGGUUUUAAGUUGUGCAUUGUGUGUAUUAGUUUGUGCCUAUUCUACCACGUUAUUGCAUCACUAUAACACUACAUAUUAGCACUGUAUGGCCUGUUAUUGUCUCUUUUAUAGCUCAUUGCCUCAAUAGCCAAGAGCAAAAUUAAAAGGGUAUUUCCUGUUCAACAACAAAAAACACUUCCAUCAUUUUGAUUUCAUAAUAAAUGUGUUGUUAUAUGUAACUGUUUGUACUUACAAGGUUUACGCUAAUAAAUAUGUAUACAAAAA